CAGUGUUUGGAGGUAGACAGUUUCUGCAGAAUUAGGGAGAGGGGUGGGGGGCGAGACACGUGCCUAAGCCUGAUGACCUGCAUGUAUAUAAACUUCGCAGUGUUGAGGACCUUGAAUUCGCACAUCUGUAACGUCUGCCCGAUGCCACAGCUUCUGGCUGCCAGUGAAUGGAAGCAUAACGAGGGAGCUAACGAGUGGUAGCUGGAGUGAGUAACACAAGGGCAGGAACGAGAGAUUGUCUGCCAUUAACAGUGUGAACACUGCAUUGCAAUGGAAACUUAAAAAAUAAACUUUCAACAGUCACUGCAAUGCAGAGAGACACACUGGAGUACGCAUUUUAUCUCCUGCUGUGGAGCGUGCACAUAUUCACCGAAGGAUUGAUGAACGACUGUCUGGAAGUUGGAAGCAGUGGCUUAUUCCCAUGCAUAAACAGCUUAUCCAAUGAGUCAGUGUUUGUGACUUGUAAUGUGCAAAAGGCUGACGGCAAUAAGUGCACAGUCGCUUUGGACCUUAACACUUCUGAAUUAAGCAGCACAUGUGACCCCAGGAUAUCAUUUAACAAAACGGGGUUCACAAUGUUCCUCAGCAUCAGCGACAUACAGCAGGCCGAUGAGGGAAACUACUCCUGUCAAUAUAGUUACAGUGGUGGAACGAAUGUAACUGACUUUAACAUCUGUGUAUCAGAAUCCCCCUCAGAUAAUCCAACAGAACCAAACAAAGAAUAUUCCAUACUGUUCAGUUGUUCUGUAUCUAUUGGCAUACUCUGCAUUGUAAUUUUAAUCUUGUGGAGAUUACUGCUGUGUCGUAAAAGCGGAACACAAAGAGAGAACCUUUCUUCGCAUGCAGAUGAGGACAUGAAGGAUUUUGAACCUUACAGCACCUUCAUUCUGAAGAACGAUGGACCCUAUUCAGUUGUGGUCCUGAGCAGCAAAAACCCAUAAGUGCUUUUUAAACUAGAAAGGAUACAUGUAUGAUUGUUAUUUAUUCAGUAUUAUACUGACAAAAUUAUACUUUGUUCCUUCGGUAUGAAAAGCAUAUCCGUACAGUUGUGUCCAGAUUAACUUGCAUCCAUUUACAUGAAGUUUGACAGUAAUUCCACUGACUAAUUUCUAAUUGAUGUUUCCGACUGUAGAAAUAAAACUUCUGAUUUUCUAAAUAAAAAUAUAAAACACAUGUAAUA